AUCCGGAGCCGAGCCGAGCCGAGCCUUCAGAGGCGGCCGUGUGACAGCAACCAGUCCAGGGGGCAACGAUCGUAGGCUAUUGAACCGGUACUGGAGGGAGACAGCCUUCCGAUAGGGACAAAGGGAAGGACACUGGAAGAGGAUAUGGGGACUCAAGGAUCAGGCAGAAAGCGGAUUGCCAAUCGAGAGCGACUGUCUGCAGAGGAUGAUACUCUGAAUCUGAUUGCCAGGGAGGCUGAGGCCAGGUUGGCUGCAAAGCGAGCUGCACGAGCUGAGGCAAGAGAGAUUCGAAUGAAGGAGCUGGAGAGACAGCAGAAGGAGAUUUACCAGGUACAGAAGAAAUAUUAUGGGCUGGAUACAAAGUGGGGAGACAUCGAGCAGUGGAUGGAAGACAGCGAGAAAUACUCUCGCAGAUUCAGAAGACACACUUCGGUGUCUGAUGAAGAUGAGUGGACAUCAGUCGGAAGCCGAGGCAGUGCUCGGGCUGACCUUGAGAGUGUUGGUGCCUCUGGAGGGGUCACUGAGAAGCACCGAAGGAAGAAGAAAGCAAAGGCCGCAAAUGGCUUUGACGUGUUGUCUUGUGGAUCUGGGCACAGUAAACACUCUAGUAGGAGCUCCCGCUACAGUGAUGACAGUCUGAAAUCAGCCAAACAACGACUCAGAAAGGAGGCAGUGGGAAGUUACUAUUCCGACCUCCCUGUGCUCAGCAUUGGACUCAACUCCAAGUCCCACACGGCAUCCCAGAAUGGAACACGGGUGUCUGCUUAUGAUGGGAGUGCAAGCCAUCGCUACAGUAGUUUCAGCUCUCGCGUUCCCUCCGAAUACAACUGUUUGCUUGGCUCCGGUUCCCGCACAUCAUCUCGUGCGAGCUCGGCUCGGGCAAGUCCAGUGGUGGAGGAACGAUUGGAAAAAGAUUUUAUGGAGAAGGGAUCCAGAGCAGCUUCAAGCCUCUCUGCAGCUACCCUUGCCUCCCUGGGGGGGACCUCGUCAAGGCGAGGUAGUGGGGAGACUACCACCUCAAUAGACACUGAAGGUUCCAUUCGAGAGAUCAAGGACUCAUUGAUGGAGGUUGAGGAGAAAUACAAAAAGGCCAUGGUAUCAAAUGCACAGCUGGACAAUGAAAAAGCAAACCUUAUGUACCAGGUGGACACACUAAGGGAAGAUCUGAUGGAGCAGGAGGAACAGUUAGCAGAGAUGCAUAGGGGAUAUGAGGAAAAGACCAAGGAACUGGAGAGACAAAAACAUGCUUAUAGCAUCUUGCAGCGUCAGUUUGAAGAAAUGAAGGAGACCCUUAAAGAGAGAGAAAAGAUGUUAAUGGAAAUCAAAGAGCUGAACCAGAAACAGCGUUCUUUUGCACAAGAAAUCUCCGACCUCCAGGAGACGCUGGAAUGGAAAGACAAGAAAAUUGGGGCCUUAGAAAGACAGAAGGAAUAUUCUGAAGCCAUCAGGAUUGAUCGAGAUGAACUUAGAAAUGAGGUUGUAAUGCUGAAGGAGAGACUGAAGGCACAUGGGUUGAUGACAAAUGGAGAAGCUGAGCACGUUGGCAAAGAAGGCAGUGCACACAGUGAGAGUAGUCAGACGAGGGCUCAAGCUGAAACCCAGCAGCAGAACUCCAGUGACAACUCACUAGGAGAAACCCACGGAUUGCAGAUGAGGAGUGAGAUUUUGAAGGCUGUUGAGCAAACAGGAGACAUGCAGAAUACUGGAAUUGAUGAACAGAUGGAGGAGACUGGGAAUCGGGAGAUAUUAAUGGAUAAUGUGGAAGAAAAGGACAAAGCUGAGAAUUGUGAGGAACUAACUGAGACUGAUGCACCAACAAUGACUGUAAGAGAUAAUGGAAAUGCAGACCAGAUAAAAUGUACUGCAUCUAAUCUUGAUGAUGCAGAGCAAAGUCCAAGUGACACUCAAAACUCUAGAGGUAAAGUGAUAUCUGAGGGAAUAAGCGACACCUCAGGAUUUGAAGAAGGAAUGCAGAGUUAUGGUUGCAGUGAGGGUAGUGAAAGUGACCCAAGGGUGAAUGGGAAUCAGCUACAGGAGAAAGCUAACCAGAACUCUAAUGAUGUUGAAAACGGAGCUGACUAUCAAAUGAUUUUAGAGAAAACUCAGGAAAUAGUGCAAAAUGUAGUAGAAAAGUCUAUUCAAAUUUUCCAGCAGCAGAUGUCGGGGCAUGAAUUGCAGGAAAAGUCACAAGAUGAGGGUGAGACCAUCUCUGGUGAGAUAGGGUCAGUCCAAGUGAAAGAGGGAAACUUGACAAGGGCACAAGAAAGAACUGCUGGUUUUCACCAGGUUGAAGAGAGGGAUCUAGGUGGAGCAAUGAUGCAAGAGACAGAACAGGAGCAGGCAGUCAAUCGGGACAUUGAGUUCCAUUCAACAGUUCAGGAGAGUGAAAUCUGCCCACUUGCUGUUCAGGGUGCUAUAAUCAAUAAUGGGGAAGCUGGGCAAUUGCUAAUUCAGUCAGAUCAGAAUGAUCUAUCUGGAUCAAGCGGGGAAGGCACCCAUGAGCUGGAUGGGGCAGAGAAAGAUGAGAGAAAGGAGCAGUCUGUAGCUAGUGGAUUCACAGUUUCUGAAGAGCUGGAGGAAGUAGAGGAAAAAGCAGAAAAGGCUGAGGUAAGGAGUGGUUUAAUAAAAGGAGCAGCCCUUCAGGAGUUGGAGGAAAAUGAAGAGAUUGCUUGCCAUCCAAGGGAGGAAGGAAGGCCUGUGAUCAGAGAUGAAGUUAACCAUGCAUGCAUUCAUAGUGAAGGCCAGGAUUCGACGGAUGAUAUGACAGUGAAAGAGAGGACAGAAGUCUGUCAGCAGGAUAGAGAAAUGGAAAAUUUGGAACAAGGGAAAGAACAACUGGCAAAUGAAGCUGAGCUCAUUCCAGAUGCAGACCCAUGUGAUGGAACCAGACAACUGUUGCAGCAACAAAAAGUGGAAGGCAGUUUAGAGCAUGGCUGUCUCCUGAAAAUGACACUGAAUGAGGAAACAAACGAGGCAGAAACUGAGAUUGAAAGUAAAGCUGUAGAAUUUGAAGGUGAAGGUAAGCGGCUCAGAGAAAAUGAGGAUAAAGCUGGGGAACUUAGAGAAGAUGAAGAAGAGCACAAAGGCUUCACUGCAGAGGAAAUUAAAGGCCAUGGAAUGGAUGAAAGUGACAAUAAAGAGAGUGUCAUUGAAGGUUGUGGAACAGAUCAUGGUACUGACAAAGAAAGUAAUACAUGUGGAAUUUUGUAUGAUGAAGAUGGUUGGGAGAGUGGUGACAGUGGUCAUGAAAGUGAAAGAGCUGUCGGGAGCUCCAGUGUUGAUGUGGAUAAAGGCAAUGGUAGGGAUAAAGACCAGGGAAAAGAAAAAAAUGACAACAUAGUCCAAAUAAUUGAUCUCUAUGAGACUGAGGACUCCAAAGAAGGUAUUAAUAAAUGUCAAGAAGAGUAUGCAGCAAAAUUGGAAAUCCAAGGAGGAAAAAUUGAGAUGGAAGCUUCUGGAGAUAUUAACAAUGAGUUUAAGAUUAAGGAAAGUGCGUGUGAGUUUCAAUACGCUAGUUCAGAUAUGUUCAACAGACCUGAAGAGAAGGAAGGUGAAGUUACAGGUCCCAUGGAGAGUAGUGAUGAGGUCAGAGGUGUAGAAGGAUGUGAGGUCAAGGGCAAUGGAGAAGAGGAGGAUGAGGUCAAGUCCUCCAAAGGUGAAGAAGAGGAUGAGGUCAAAAGGCUCAGAGAAGAGGAAAAUGAGGUCAUAAAUCCCAGAGAAAAGGAGGGGGAUGACAUUAAAAUUUCCAAAGAGGACAAUAAAGUUGAAGAUAAAGAGGGGAGUGAGGUCAAAAAAUCCAGAGAAGAAACGGAUGAGGGCAGAAGUGAAGAGGAAGACGAAAUCAAAAGUAUCAAAGAUAAUGAGGUCAAAGGUGAUGAAGGGGAUGAAGUCAACCUUCCAGGAAGAGACAUGCAGGAUAUUGAAGGAGACUCCAGAAAAGAGGGAGAGGGGAUUAAAGGCCUUAGAGGGGAGGACAAAGCCAGAGGUGAAGAGGGCAACGUAGUCAUUGAUUCUAAUGUUAGUAAAGUCGAGGGCUCCAGAGAGGAGAGUGAUAGGGUCAAGGACCCCAGGGCAGAAGCUGAUAAGGAAAGAAGUGAAGAGAGAGAUAUGGCCAUAGGCCCAAAGGAUGAAGAUGCAGGUGAAGACAAAGGCCCCAUUUUAGCAGAAGAUGAGAGCAUUCGUGAAGAUAGAUAUCGGGUCAAAGACUUGAGAGGAGAGGAGGAGAGUGAGUUCCAAGUUCCCAGGGAAGAGGAAGGGGGUGAAUUUAAAGAAGAGACUGUGAGCAAAAGUCCCAUAGAAAUAGGUGAUGAAGUCACAGGCCCCAGAGAUGUAGAAGGGGAAGAGUUCAAAAGCCUCAAAGAAGAUGAUGAGGUUGUAGGGCCCAAAGGCAAGGAGGGGGAAGAAGUCAAAAGAUUUAGGGGAGGAGAGGAUGAUGUCAAGAGCCCAAGAGGAGAGGAAAAUAAUGACUUUAAAGAUCCUGAACAUAAUGGGGAGGAUAAAGUCAACUCUGGACAAAAAAGUGAAGAACAGCACGGCGCGAGUAUCCUAGGAAGAACACAAGGAAAUGAGAAUGAGAUUUGUAUAGCUGAAGAAUCAGAAGAAGUAAAGCUCACUGAUCUUUUGAUACAAAAGGAGAAACUGCAAGAAAUCAUAGAUGAAGAAACUGAGUGUUGUUUACAAGGACAAGUUCAUGAGAGCUGCAAAACCAAUCAAUUGCAAAACAAGAACUUGGAAGAAAUCUGUGAAGGCAAACCAGAAAGUGAUUCCAAGAGUAUUCACGAGGUAAUGCACAGCAAAACUGAACAAGAGAUGGUGAGAGAGAGUGAGACUGGAGUAAUUGAAGAGCGAACAUCUCAAGAGAAUCUGCAAUUUGGAGAUGAAGAAGGAACCAGACAAAUCCUGGAUAUCAGUAGCAGAAAUAAAGCAUUUGAGGAUAAUGCCCAAAUAUCUGAAGGGGCUGUCAGUGAUGCUGAAGAAAAGGAUGGAAGAACACGGCCUGAGUUGAAUGAAGGACAGGAGGAAGUAGUGCAAGCUGCACAGCAGGAUCCAGCAAUGGGUAGAAUGGCACUGGAGGAUGUUGCCAAGCAAAUAAUUCGAGAUGAUGAAAAACUGUAUCCUGAAAAGGGUGAAGGAGAUUCUGGGACCAACCAAGAACAAAAGAUGCAUGGCUCUGAGAUAAACAAAAUGGGGACUGAAGAAUCAACAGAUACUCAGAGAGAAACUGAAGAACAAGAGAUCAGAGUCAAAGAUAAGGAUGCUGAGAAAGGGGAUCAGUUAGAGUGGGACAGAAAGAUGAAUGACAUAUUACAAGAUGAUGAAGAAGCAUCUAAGAGUGAAGAGAAAAGGGGAGAGACAUCUGCUGAAAGUGAGGCUGAGCGCAGACAUAUUGUGAAUGCAGGGUCCAGUGAGGAUCUAACUCCAAGUACUGAUUGCAAUAAGGAUGCAGCAUAUGCUGAGCAGAAGUGCCAGCGUAGCAACAGUAGUUCCAGGCAAUCCAACUAUGAUGGCAGCCAACAGCAGGAUGAGAAUCAGAGGGGCAUAUCCAGCAUUAGUGGAGCAGAAGGCAAUAUGAAAGAAGCAGAAGAAGAAAUGGGGCUUCCUGAGACAACAAAGGAUAGUAAGAGAAAAAGCAAAAGUAAAGAUGAGUAUUUUAGGGUAAAUACAUUUGUAGAUGAAAAGGAAGCCUUAUUAGAGCAGAUUAAAAUAUUAAAAGCACAACUGGAUGAGAAAACCAAGAGUGGAAAAGUGGAAAAGGCAGUGUUCAGUGACACAAUCUUGGAAAACGGGAUGGACGUGCAGGUCAUUGAUGUGCAGAGAGAUGCUAACAGACAAAUCAGCGAAUACAAGUUUAAACUCACCAAGACCGAACAGGAAAUAACUGCACUGGAACAACAUAUCAUUCGACUUGAAGGCCAAGUUUUACGAUAUAAGACAGCAGCAGAAAAUGCAGAGAAAGUGGAAGAUGAACUCAAAGCUGAGAAGCGCAAACUCCAAAGAGAGGUCCGCUCAGCAUUGGAUAAAAUUGAGGAGCUCGAGAUGAGCAACAGCCACCUAUCGAAGAGGCUGGAGAAAAUGAAAGCUAACCGGAGUGCUCUAUUAUCCCAGCAAUAGGGCACCCCUGUCACACUCCUGCCCAGCUGCUUGUUACAAAAAAACUUGCGUGUUUUUUUUUUACAAAAGAUAUAACGAGACGCUUCACUGUUACGACACAUUGCUGAGAAAAAAGAUUGGUAAAAAUUGCACAUGUUUCUGACUUGCAACUUGUACUACUUUCUUUAGAAGGCUUCCCAGUCAACAUUCUGGCACAGACCUGACGGGCUGAAUAGCCUACAUAGUUUUAUGAUUCCAUCAGCAAGUAAUAGCUUAGCUUCACAGGGAUCUGGUUUUAAACUGUAUGUUAACCACAGCAGAAAAGGGUAUAGUUAGACAGUGGUUGUGUUACUGGACAAAAUGUCCUGGAACAUAAGUGCAUUCUUCCCUUUAACCAAUUCAGAACAUGAAGUCAGCUUCAAGUAUCUGAAAAUAAAAAGUUGGCAUCAAAUGAAGUAACCACAAAGAUGUUAAAUUGUUUUAAAAGCACAACUGGUUCAAUAAUCUAUAUACAGGAUAGGAAAAUGAGCAUCUUUGCCUGGACUAACCUAUUUAUGACUCCAGUAUUACCCUUUGAUGUGGUCUGCACAAUUACUCAAUCACCACCUCCUCAGAGAAGAGCCUGCAUUACCAGAAUCUGGAGAAAACAUUUUUUUUAAACCAAAUGUUGUGCUAUUGGAUUAUAGUCCCUUUUUCAGUGCUGGUACAAAUGUCAAUGAUUUGUUGGCUGUGAUCAGUGAUAGGUCAGUUGCCAACACAGUGAAGGGUUUUGCCAGUACACUAUGUUGCCUCAAUCUCUAGUGCUUAUUUUCAUAUUUUUGCCACAUAUCGCUCAUGGAACACUCUGAAAUGCAAAAUUAAAGAUAAGGAGGGAAUAUUGCAGAUGAUGCUUAGAUUAAAUCUUCCUCUCCAAAGAACAGUUGAGUCAAGUCAUGGGAAUGCAUCUUCGGCAAGUGAGGAGGUAAUUCAAUGCCUGCUAGAAAAGCCAAGCCAUCAGGACACUAAGUAUACUGCGAUGGUUUUGAAACUCACUUUAAGUAAAUGCACUGAUUGAAAGUUAAACUUGGACAAUGCUCCAGCUUUUAUCUUAAGUAGUUCUUAUUUAAUUCUACCAAAUGGUUACUUGGACUUUGUUUCGUGAAACAGAACGGUUAAAGUUUUAAUAAUUAAUUGAGCACACAUGGAAGUGGAAGAAUUCCAAACAGUAAUUGUUUCCUCUUUUUAGUUGUCUGGAAUGAUGAAGAGAUCAAUAAGUGAAAAUAGCAUUAAGGAAGAAACAGUUUUCAAUGAUAGGCAAUUCUUGUAAAAUCUGCAGUAUUUUGCCCUCUACGUAUCUUUAAGCAGGACAUCAGUGUUUAUAUGGGUUGUGGUGGUUUGACCACACUGCAGUUGUCAAUGAACAAAAUAAAUAAAAGGUCUACUCAGCUUUGAGGCUGAAGGAAUGGACUUUUAUCUUCCCCAGAAGAUCAGAGCUUAUCUCUUUCCUCACAUCUGACAACCUGAAGUAUCAGAGAUAGCAGCACCUGCAACAAAUCAUGCUUCUAACUGCUGAAGGAAUGCUUCAUUAAAAAGAAACUCAGUUAUGUUCUUCUUACCUAUAAAAAUAAUAACAAGCACUUCUUACCUAAGAUACUGUACAUGACUGGGGCAUGUCUAGAUUUGAGAAACUAAAUUAUUUUGGAAGUGUUAAGUGAUGAGAAGUGCUUUUACAUAGACAAGUUAAAUUUUUCAAUAAUAGAAAAUGGCAACAACAGGAUUAGGUUGAAUCAAGAACUAUGAAAAACAGUCUGGGAUUGAUUCAAAUGUACAUAACUGUAGUUUAUACAAUUCCUUUUUCACAUGUUGUACAUUCUUGUUUUGUUUUUUGCUUUCCUGAACAGAUUCUACCUCAGGCAGCGAGCUAAGCUUUCUUUCUUAAUCCUGUUGAGGUCUCAAAUGUAAGAGGAUUCGUUGAGAGAGUUUUCUGUUGGGGAAUUGAAGCUGUUACAUUGGAUUUAGUUUAUUUUGUUUUAGAAUGGGGAGAUCUGCUGCAAUUUCUAAGGAGCAUUUACUGCAACACAGAUAUUAAUGUCGACACUACAUUCUCAAACCAAUAAAACAUUUUCGAAAGA